AUGAACCUACGACUAAGAACUCUCGGGCGAACGGCGGUGGUGCGCGCGACUCUGCGAAACACCAGCUCGCUCAGAUACUCGUCGCUCCGGUACAGCUCACAAUUGGCGCUGACAGACCCGCUGCACAUCUACCAGAACAAGGUGGCCAGUGGGGAGCUCAAGGCGGAUGAGGCGCAACUGCGGGUGGCGGCAGAGCUCCAGAAACUGUACCACCGGCUCAAGGACUACACUCCUCCACAGGACUUUCAGCGGAAGGUGUCUGCCCUUCAGGCGCAACUUUUGGAGAUUGAGAAGGAGGCGGCCGGGGAAGACAUGACCAACUCGCAGAUCAAGAAAAAGGCGGUCAGGCCGUGGUACAAGCCGGAUCUCAAGUCUAUGGAGAUGGUCAAGACUCUGACCGACGAGGAGGAGCUCAUCAACUUCAACUCGCCCCAGGGUCUGCUGAUUCACGGAGAAGUGGGCUGUGGCAAGAGUAUGCUGAUGGACAUGUUUGCCGACUCGUUGCCCCACCAGUCCAAGAAGCGAAUCCAUUACAACAACUUCAUGUUGUCGCUGUAUGGAAGUAUCCAUCGGUUGACCCAAGAACGACAAGACCGACUGCGAUCUGCUGAGACUCUUCUUGGCAAGGAAUCUGAGGCGCUUCUGACAGAUUAUAUUCUGCUGGAAUUAGCCCAGGAUAUGAUUGACAACCACACCGUUCUAUUGCUGGACGAAUUCAUGUUGCCCGACAUGGCAGCCGCCAAGAUUGUCAAGACGCUCUUCAUCUACUACUUCAAGUUUGGAGGCGUGCUGGUGGCCACAAGUAACCGUCUCCCCAAAGACCUGUAUGCCACCAACUUCUCCAAGACACAGUUUGAGAGUUUUCUGACCAUUCUGCAGGCCCGAUGUGUCACCCACAACAUGCAAAGUGACACUGACUACCGAGAGGUGCUUUCAGAAGAAGAGGCUGCAGAGGGUACAGACAAGCCCAUUGUCAAGUACCACGUCAACGAUCCCGAGGGUGACAAGGCGUGGGAAGAGACAGUUAAGACUCUGUGUCCUUCUUCUGAAGGUAAGGAAGAGGAGAUCAUUGUGUAUGGACGGCCUCUUGUGGUUCCCUGGGUCAAGGACGGAGUUGCCAUGUUCAAGUUCAGCCAGCUGAUUGAACGACCCCUGGCUGCUGCUGAUUUCAUCUCUCUGGCUUCCAGAUACCAUACCAUCAUUGUCGAUGAGGUGCCUGUCAUGACUCUGGCCAAGAAGAACGAGGCCCGUCGUCUCAUCACUCUGCUGGAUGCUGCCUACGAGUGUCGAUGUCAGCUCAUCAUUCGAGCAGAGGCUAAUGCCGACUCGCUCUUUUUCCCCGAGAUUGAUGAUCCUGAAAAGAUGAAGGAGGAGGCUGAUAUCCAGGCCCAGGAAAUGUACUCGGACACGCUUCAGGACAUUGAGAACCCCCAUCGACCCAACGUUUCCUCCUACGACACUCCUACUGGCCAGCGAGAGUCUGAUGAGAACAAGCGAGUCAUCAAGCCAACCAACUUUGCUGACACCACCGCCUUUACCGGCGAGGACGAGAAGUUUGCCUACAAGCGGGCUGUUUCUCGACUCAAGGAGAUGACCCAGAGCCCUCAUUGGAAGGUGGACAAGUGGAUGCCUCUGCCGGACUCGGAUCGGCCGUGGGAGGUGUUUUCCAAGUCGGAGAGCUACAAGGAGCAGGAGAAGAAGCGGGCUCUGACUGACGAGGCUGCUUCUCUUGCCAGCAUGGGUUUCCGGCCUGUCAAGCAGGUUGCACCUAACGCGCCCAAAUUCAACGAGUCGCAUUUCUGGUCCAUGAUUUCGUGGGGCGACCGAGUUCCCAAGGACGAGAUUGCCGCCAGAUGGCGAAAGGGAGCCGAUGUUUACCACAAGUAG